AGGGCCAGUGUUAGCAACACCUCCGGUUUGAGCCCCGAGAGCUCAUCUACACGCUAAGGUAACGCUGAUAUAGCCUCCCAAGGCUAAUAACAAAGGUAGGAAAAACAACAGUUCUCAAAUUUCGUAAGUAAAUUUAUAAUUAUAAACUUCCUAUUACUAAUUGAACUAUGUAUGAAUUUACAAAUUAGCCUAAAUCAUAGGAUUAAUAGUCUAAUAAGUAACAAUAUUUUUGUUGGAAGCGAUCCGUUUUAACUCACAAGACUUAUCCGAUUAUCGUGUGCCUGACUGACGCCGAACUCUACAGCUGUCGCUUUAAGAAGUGUCUCACUCGUUCGCUUUAAAUUAGAAAGAGACUACCGAUCGGUAUCCAGUGCGACGCGACGUUGCCGACUGACAGCCGGUCCUACAGAGCACAGAUCGCACUAAUUCUGUCAGUACGUUGUUGGACGCGGUUUGAUUCGCUUGUGUUUUCAGAAUAAUCUUCAAGCAAUGGGCAAAGGAGUUCUGACGGAACGUCAACUUAUUGUUGAAUUAUUAGACCUUUACAAAAGUCUUCCCUGCCUUUGGGAUCCAAUUCAUAGCCAGUACAAUAAUAAAGAAUCGCGUGAGGCAGCUUAUGAAUUAUUACGGGAGAAAUACAGAGAGUUAUAUGAAGAUGCAUCUAUAGAUGUUGUAAAAAAGAAAAUAGAACACAUGCGUGCAACUUAUAGACGUGAAUACAGAAAGGUUGUCGCUUCGCUUGUUGCCGGUGGCAAAAAGCACGUACCCUCAUUAUGGUACUACGAUCAUUUAACAUUUUUGAAUAAUGUUAACAAAUUCCCUUUGCGACCAUUGGUAACAAGCACGUUGCAAUCCGAUGCCAUGGACGAUGAAGAUCGCACUAGUUCAGAAGAUGAGGAGCCGUCCAAAAAGAAAACGAAAUUAACUAGCAUUUAUUUAGAAGAUUUUACGGACGACGUACAAACGGAUACGGCUAGUAUACAUUCCGACCAGAGGGCUCGAAGAGAAUCAGAAGCGUUCGGCAGAACAGUCGGUUUACAGCUCGGUGAACUAAGACAAGUUCAAAGAUAUCUAGCUGAGAAAUUAAUUUCAGAUGUCAUAUACCUCGCCAGAAUGGAACAUUUGACCGGAGAAACAACUGUUGGCACCGAAAAUUAAUUAAUGACGCUUUUUAAUAUUCUAAAUACUAUAUUUCUUCUUCAAUGUUUACGUACAGUUUAUAAAACACAUAAAUAAGAAGAGUGCUGUUUGGUAGCUUAAACCAAAUAAAAAAACAGAAAAAAACACAGUCGCCAAAAACAUUUUAGCUUCUGCAUCCAGACAGCGGUGGUGUACAUAUACGUAGUUAGUUAUAUAUUAUUUAUUAGCUUAUGGACGAGAGCUCAGUUAGUUAGUCACAAGAAACCCUCCCACGAAUAAUGUAGACGACCUCGACGCCAACCGCCGCACCAGUAAUCACAACAAAACAUAAGAGCAGUUAGAGAGAGUGGUCGCAACCUGCGGCAUUGUACGCAAGAUACUAGGAACACAUAAGUCGUAAGGAGGUUGAAAUAAAGCGAUCGAGAGCCAGCACUGUUGACCUCCCUCGCUCCGUAAUUUGUUCGUUUUCUGUACGGCAUUGAAGACGCCAGCGAAUCAAAACGGGGGUCUUUGAUACUGGAAAUAUUUACAUUGACGCGAUAGAAGAGUAGAUAAGAAAAAUCUCAAUAAGUGUGUAUUUUGUCUACACAGUUUUCAUAAAACUAUUUAAUAAAUACGAGUUUAAGUUUUAUUUUUUCUUGUUAAUUAAAAAAAAGAUAAACUUAAAAUAUUCAAAUUAUUCAGUUACGUGCUUGCAUUGUAUCAUGCCUAAUUAAUGUGAAGACAAAAUUUUGUUUAAUAAACUUCAAAACAAUUUUU